AUGUGCGACCUGACCCUGCCCUAUGUCUCGCGCACUCGCAGCUUCUUCGCUCAGUAUAUAAAGCAGGACAACGACGGAAGGAGGACGGCUGGGGAGUCGCAGCCCGGGAUUCUAUGGGAGAACAAGCUUUUGCAGUCCAAGGCAGUGGAGGGCUUCCAUACUGACGAGCAGACAGCCCUGCAGGCUGCACAGCAGCAGCAACAACAGGUUCAGCAGGUCCAACAAGUCCAGCAGGUGACCCAGCCAGCUCAGUCCCAGCAAGUCAUCCUGCCGCCCCAGCAACAGCAAGCUCCCCAGCAGCAAGUCAUCGUUCAGGAAUCUAAGCUUAUACACAUGGGUGGAACGGGGAUGAGUGCAGCAGCUACCGCAGCAACCCUGGCUUUGCCCACAGCGGUCACCCAAUACCAACAGCUCCUCACCAGCCAAGGCCAGAUCCUGCAGUUAGUCCGUGGUCCCAACGGGGCUCAGUACAUCAUCCAGCCCCAGCAGCAGAUCCUCCUGCAGCAGCAGAUGCAGCCUGGUGGCGUGCAGGCGCCGGUAAUACAGCAGGUUCUGGCUCCUCUGCCGGGAGGCCUGUCCCAGCAAGCAGGAGUCAUCAUACAGCCGCAGCAGAUUGUCUUAACCCCAGGAAACAAAGUCCAAGGCAAUACACAGGUGAUGCAAGCAGCAGCUAUGGCGCCACAGCCCAGCCAGGCAGCAACAGCUCAGGUCCAGCAGGUCCAGCAGGCCCCAGGAGUGACUGCACCCCAAGCCUCAGCGCAGCCUCAGGCCCAACAGCAGCAACAGGCCCAGCCUCAGGCCCAGCAGCCUCCCAUGAUGCUGCAGGUGGACGGAACCGGAGAGACGUCUUCAGAAGAGGACGAGGAGGAGGAGGAGUACGACGAAGAUGACGAUGAGGAGAAAGACAAGGAUGGAGCAGAAGAUGGGCAGGUUGAAGAGGUGAGUGAGGGAGGAAAUAAGAGUCUGAAACAAUGUCCAUCUGUCCUUGACGCCUACAACACUCAUUUCCUUCUCUUUACUCUGCAGAUUCACAGAAGUAAGAACAAAUGGAAAUUCCACCUGAAGGAUGGGAUCAUGAAUCUGAACGGGAGAGACUACGUCUUCUCCAAAGCCAUCGGGGAUGCCGAGUGGUGAAGCAGAAAAAGGAACGGGAGAAAGCAACAGGAGCAGGAUCUCUGUAACUCCUUCUAUCCAGUUAACAGACAGUUUAGCAUCCUUCCACAUCCUGUGACUGGAUUCAUUCAGGAAACUGUUUCUGAGACUCAGAACUCUUGAGACAAACCCAAAGGACUGUGAGGUACUGUAAAACCCGGGUGUAGUCAGAAAACACUCGACUAGCCUUGCGGGAUAAGAAACCAACAGAGGAAGGGAAAAGCCCCGUGAGCCGAGCGCCGUUUCUCUUUAUUUCUUCUUCCAGGCGUGUCUGCCCCCCCCCCAGAGAAUUCCCCUAACUUUGGAAAGAAAGCAUUUCACCAUCAUACAGGUGUAGAGGACCAGGGUGACCUCGGCUUCCCUGCCACACAAGGUCAGAGGUCAUUCGUUAUAACCCCAUAGAUGAGAAACACCUUUGCAAUGCACUGUAGUCGGUUGACUGGAUUGACUCGUGUCUACGUUCGUGUCCAAACUUAGUGCCACCAGUCGAGAUCGCUGCCUUUAGAACAACCAGAAUCACCUGUUUUUGGCUUCUUUUUUUAUAUCCUAAUUCUGUGUGAAUUCACAUUCAUGAAAAAGGUGCUCCAGAGUGUUUUUAUGUAGGUGACCUGUUCUUUAAACAUUGUUUUAAAUGCGUUUAAUGAAGGAGUUAAAAAAGAAGGUAAAAUAACAUCACCUUACAAUAACUCUUUUUUUUUUUUAUCUUCGGCGCAGCACUUAACUCCCCCCCAGCACCCCCCCACUGGCUUCUCUGGAGCUUCAUUCCAUCUUUAACGUUAAGAAU